AAAACACAACUGCUCUCUUGGGUGGAAAAACACACAGCUCUUGCUGCUGUUGGAUGGAGAAUAUUGAUUCCUAUGAAGGCAUGCAAGCUUUCCAAGAGUCAUUAACAAGUUAAGCCCUGUUUAUGUUCAAUACACUUUGUAUGGCCAUUAGCCCAUAUUUUCAGUUUUUAAAAAAAUUUUAUUUAUUUUUUAUUUAUCUAUUUAUUUUUUACAAACGGCUGGUGGGCUAAUAAACUUUCUAGAUUUUAUUUUCAGUUUACACUUUAGGUUAGGUCAGUAGAUUCAUUGUAUUUAGUAAAUGAUGGAAUAAAUUGAUAGCAGAACUAGUUUGGAUUAUCUGGUGCUAAUAUGGUGUCCAAUGCACUAGACCCCCUAGGGAUUUAUUUAUUUAUUUCUGUGUGUUCUGAACAGUCCUGCGUUGAAUCUACACAGCUCUUGCUGAUCCUAACUACAAACUAACAUGAGUAAUCUAUCUAGUUAGUCUGUUUAAAGGCUAUAUAAUGUGUGUAUAGCAUAUAAACAUGUCUAAAGAGCCCUCGAAAACACACGAAACUCAGUGCCCUCUUCAGUGGCGAGAACGCGCUGUAUACGCCUUUUUUUUUUCCUUUUCGCCCCUGCCUUGAAAAAGUCUGUGCACGCCACUGUCACACACCCACAGAGACACACUCACACACUCAGCACUGCAGGAGAGGACACAGAGCUGCACACAUGCAAUAAAACAGAAAUACAGAACCAUGACCCAGGGUCAUUACACCCUCUUUAUUGACAAAAUGUGAUUAUCUCCUCACAAGCUUAAGCUUCCUGCUCCAAAUGAAGCACACUUUUUACAAGGUUUUUCUUUUUCUCCAUCACAUUGAUGUUUUUAUGAUAAAUAUAACCAAAGCAAUGAAUAGACAGCUACCAUAUACUGAAUAAACUAAACUACCAAAGUUACUUAUUCAUUUGUAGUUAUUUAUUCUGUGGUAACAGGUUCUUCUGUCAUCAUAAGUUGGGUUUGCUCAGCCUCCCUCUCUCUGUCACUCUCCUGAGGGACGCUCACAAACAAACUGAUUGCACGCUGACUUUCUGAUCAGGACUUGAAUAUCAACUUCUGCUUCUGUUCUGAGUCCAUAACACCAUCAUGUCCCAGCCUUCUACUCCAGUCCUCUCUGUUCACCCGAUCCGGGCUCUGGUUGAUGAGACGUUCAGGGUGGUGGUGGAGAAUCUGCCGCCAGUGUCUCCAGUCACUCUUCACUCCCUCCACUUCUCUGAGGACAAGGACUGCUGGGAGGCUUAUGGACACUACAUGAGUGAUUCCAGAGGAACAGUUAAUGUUUCAGAGGAUCUGAGUUUUGGGGGCACGUACACGGGACAAGAACCCAUGGGUUUGUUGUGGAGCAUGCAGACUCAGUCAGGCAGCCGCCCAGGCCUCAGGCUGAGAAAGAUGGACGUCACCAGCCCCAUGUUGGUCCACAUCUUGGUCUACAGCGGACACAUAAAAAAAGGCUUCAGGAAGCAGCCUCCUCUGGCCUCCGUGCUCACAGAGAGAUGGUACAUGGCUCCAGGAGUCCAGAGGAUUGAAAUCAAAGAGAGAGGAGUGAGAGGGACUCUCUUUAUACCUUCAGGUCCUGGACCCUUCCCUGGGUUGUUGGAUGUGUGGGGAGGAGGUGGAAGGGUGUUGGAGUACCGUUCGGCCUUGCUUGCAUCUCAUGGUUAUGUCUCUUUGGCGCUGGACUAUUAUCCCACCCUUAUGCUGAAGACAGCAGAUCUACAGUUACAAUAUUUUGAGACGGCCUUUGAUAUCAUCAAGGACCAUCCUCAAGUGAUCCCGGAUGACGUCGGAAUUUUUGGAAAUUCCCUUGGCACAGUUUUGGCCCUUCAUAUUGCAGCUGAAAGCACAAAAGCCAAGCCUCGCUGCUGUGUUGGUGUCAACGGCCACCACUUACAUUCAGCUGGAACGACUCUCAACCAAGUUCUGCAGUUUGAAAAAGAAAGGCGAUCAAUGCUGCGUUUUGAUGAGAACAACUGCCAGAUAUCACGAUUCAUGCGGUUACCGAUUCCCAGCGACCCCUCAGAGAAAAUGGCGGUCCAAAAAAUAAAAUGCCCUGUACUGUUGGUGAAUGGUGAUGAUGAUCAGCACCUCCCCACAGUGGAGGCUACUGAGGAUAUGGCCCAGAUGAUGCAGACUGGAGGAAACCUCCACCUGCUCUCCACACCGACCUACCCCAACACUGGACAUCUGAUCGAGCCGCCGUACUCGCCUCACUUCAGAGCGACUAACUUCAUAGUUCCUGAUACCAAACAGAAAGCAACAAUGCUGUGGGGAGGACAACCCAAACCUCAUUCAGAUGCUCAGGAAGACUCCUGGAAGAAGAUCUUAGCUUUUCUACGGCAUCAUCUCUACUCUGACACUGCCGCCAAAGCCAGGAUGUGAAGGAUUACAGGACCAGGAAACACAGAAAAUGAUGAUUUAAUGUACAACAGUAUAAAGGAAAUAUUAGAAAAAAAUUGUUGGCUUCAAAAAAAAUGAUUACCCUUCAGAAAUGACUGUAAAUGUGCUUUUUAACUCCAAUCAUAUGCCUCAUGAGCUUUUUCAUACUGAUUGCAUUUAUGCCAACAGUUUUUUUUUCUACAGGAUGUUUAAUCAUGUUUCUGUAUUGAUAGAAAAGAUGUUUUUAGGGUAGAUAUAAUUCUAUUUCAUUCAUCUUAUAAAGUUAAAAUCAUCUCAAUGAAAAUGGACUGAGAACCUUGACCUGUGUUAAGAGAGCUUCUACAUCAGCAGUGAUACUAAAAACAAUAAUAAAACAUUUUACCAACUCCUGUUUGCACUUCUUUAAACGUGAUGAAUUGAAGGGGA